AUGCAUAUCAAGACGGUACAGGUUGUGUGGCACUCGCGCAAGCCUGUUCUCUCGCUUGACUUUCAUACCAACUCGCGCCUUGUCACAGGUGGGGCAGAUGCUACUGUUCGGGUGUGGAGGAUCAAAGACUCGGACGACGAUGUGACGGUCGAGCACUUGGCCGAUCUCACGACACAUCUCGGCUCGGUUAACGUUGUGCGGUUCUCGCCGGACCGCAGGGUCCUGGCCACAGGCGCUGACGACUCGAAGAUCCUGCUGUGGGAGAACACGUCGGCGGCGCCGGAGAAGGAGGGGGGUGCGCCGGGCGCGGCGGGAGGCAAGGGCGAAGAAGGCGCGGGCGAAGGAGCGGGAGCGGCAGGAGCGGCGACGACGACCAACACACCGUUUGGGGCGGCGUGGGGCUCGGCCGAGGGCGAGUCAUGGCGAAUCACCAAAAUGCUGAUCGGGCACUCGGCAGACGUGUACGACAUAUCAUGGCUGGCGUCCGGCGACGCCCUAGUCUCGGGCUCUGUGGACAACAACGUGCUGCUGUGGCGGAUGGGCAAGGAGAAGCCGGUCUCGAUGAUCCGCGACUCGGACAACUAUGUUCAGGGCGUGGCGUUUGAUCCGUUUGGCGAGUUUUUCCUCUCGCACUCUGUCGACCGCACGCUGCGGAUCUACCGCGCGCGGGCCGGAACCGGCUCGAUGCCGCUACUCGAGCCUGUGGCGGCGGGCACGUCGGACGCCGAGCUUGCAGUGUCGGACGACGCGCCCAAGUUUGCGCUCCCGGCGUACCGCAAGAAGCCGCUGGUCCUUCGCAAAGCGCUGUACAACACGUCGCGGAACGGCAAUAGUGAGGCCGGAGGCGCGAGCAACGAGGCCGGUAGCGCGAGCAAGACGACAACAUGCAAGCGGUACAGCAUGUGGGCUGACGAAGCAACGUCUACCUUCUUCCGGCGGCUGGCGGUGGCGCCGGAUGGGUCAAUUGUGGUGGUGCCGACCGGGGUGUACAAGGAGAGCCACGGGGCCGACAAGGUCAACACCACGUACGUCCUGCCGCGGCACGAGCUGGACACGCCAAUCAUGCACCUACCCUCGCCCGAGAUGGCGACCGUGGCUGUCCGCUUCUGCCCGCACCUUUUUGAGCUCAAUGAGGCAGUGAGCGAGACGCCAGCGGCGCUACCGCUUCCGUACCGCAUGGUCUUUGCGGUGGCGUCCAUCGACACGGUGACCGUGUACGAGACGCAGACGAUGCGGCCGGUCGCGCUGGUCUCCAACGUCCACUGCGCGGCCAUCACCGACCUUGCGUGGUCGCCCAACGCCCGCUACCUCGCCGUGGCGUCGCAGGACGGAUACGUCACCCUCCUCAAGUUUGGCGACGGCGAGCUCGGCACUUUCCUGCCUGAGGCCAAGUACCCGGCGCGGCUCCGGCGGGUCCGAGCCGCCCUCGGCAUCACCGCUGCCACAGAUGGGGUGCUCAAGACGAUGCCGUCGGCCGCACCCAAGCCCGCGCCGGUCGCCAACAUCCUUGUUCCACGCAAAAAGGCCAAAAAGGCCCCUGCUGCCAACCAGGCCACCACAUCGCCUGGCAAGCGCCCCCGCGAGCCGGCCGCGCAAGCCACAUCGGCCGCACAAUCGACCGCCGGCGACGCUGUUGUCGUCAUCGAGGACGAGGAGGACGCGCCGCCGGCCAAGAAGGCCAAGACGUUGAUGGCAGGAGCAGCUGCAUCAUUGUAACAUGUUGAAUGAGAGUGCA